AAUAUAAAAUUCAUAUACAUUUACAUUUAAUUAAUAUAAAAUCCCAAAAGCUUCCCCUUUUUCUCCCCAUAAAUUCCCUCCUCCACACCUUCACAAACCACACAGAUCGAAGAAAUGGAUGCACACCUUCAGAAAAAAACCAUGUCAACACUCGAGGUUGGUGACGUCGAGUUUCGAAAGAAUCUCGACGACGAUGGCCGCGAAAAACGAACCGGAACUUUGCUUACGGCAAGUGCCCAUAUCAUAACCGCUGUUAUAGGAUCUGGCGUGUUAUCUUUGGCAUGGGCUAUUGCACAAUUGGGCUGGGUCGCCGGGCCAGCUGUUCUCAUGGCGUUCUCCUUUAUUACUUACUUUACCUCAACACUACUCGCUGACUCGUAUCGGACACCUGACCCGGUUUCAGGCAAACGUAACUACACGUAUAUGGAUGUUGUUCGGUCUAAUCUAGGAGGGAAGAAAGUGCAAUUAUGUGGUAUAGCUCAAUAUGCAAAUCUUGUAGGGGUCACAAUUGGAUAUACAAUUACUGCGUCUAUUAGUAUGGUGGCGGUAAAAAAGUCAAACUGUUUUCAUGACAAAGGUCAUGCAGCUAGUUGUAAACUGUCAAACUAUCCGUACAUGAUGAUAUUUGGUGCCAUUCAAAUCGUAUUAAGCCAGAUUCCAAAUUUUCACGAGCUUUCAUGGCUUUCGAUUGUUGCUGCCGUUAUGUCCUUUGCCUAUUCUUCCAUUGGUCUUGGACUUUCCAUUGCUAAAGUUGCGGGUGGUGGUCAUGUAAGGACAAGCUUAACAGGAGUAGAAGUAGGAAUAGACGUAUCUGGACAAGAAAAAAUUUGGAGGACUUUUCAAGCUAUCGGUGACAUUGCCUUUGCUUAUGCUUAUUCUACUGUCCUCAUUGAAAUUCAGGACACUUUGAAAUCAUAUCCACCAGAGAACAAGGUGAUGAAGAAAGCAUCACUAGCCGGUGUUUCGACGACCACCAUAUUUUAUGUCCUUUGUGGGUGCAUUGGCUACGCGGCUUUUGGAAACGAUGCACCAGGAAACUUUCUCACUGGCUUUGGCUUCUAUGAACCCUUUUGGCUAAUUGACUUUGCCAAUGUGUGCAUCGCUGUCCACCUAAUUGGGGCGUACCAAGUUUUUUGCCAACCUUUAUUCGGUUUUGUUGAAAUGAAGUGUAGACAAAAAUGGCCCGAUAGCAAGUUCAUUACCACAGAACAUAUUCUAAACGUGCCGUUUUGUGGAGAAUACUAUUUUAACAUGUUUAGGCUGGUUUGGAGAACAGCGUAUGUGAUAUUGACUGCGGUCAUAGCCAUGAUCUUUCCAUUCUUCAACAGCUUCUUAGGGUUGAUAGGGGCGGGUUCUUUCUACCCAUUGACCGUGUACUUUCCAAUAGAGAUGUAUAUUGCUCGGGCCAAGAUACAAAAGUUUUCGUUCACGUGGGUGUGGUUAAAGAUUUUAAGCUGGGUCUGUUUGAUUGUGUCGUUGGUUGCAGCUAUUGGGUCAGUUCAAGGACUGUUGACGGAUGUGAAGAAAUAUAAACCGUUUGAGACCGUCUAGUUUAUGUUUGGUAAUUAGAAGUUAUAAUAAGGUUUUUGCAAUGUUUUGGUACAAGUCAUUGUAUAAGAACGUGUUGAACAUGAUUUAUAAUAGAUUGCCAAUGAAAGGAAUGGAAGUUGGUUAAUCUUAAACGUAA